AUGGCGAUGUAUAUCGUGGCGCGGCGCCUCUCUACUGGAUCCACGACUUCGCAAUUUCCAGCUUCCUUGCGUUAUGGGAACUGGUUGAGGUCUUAUUCAACUGCCUUUAGAGAGGAGAGGGACACUUUUGGCCCUAUUAAUGUUCCUGCCGAUAAGCUAUGGGGUGCACAAACGCAAAGAUCAUUGCAGAAUUUCGAUAUAGGCGGCGAGCGCGAGCGAAUGCCCGAACCAAUAAUCCGAGCCUUUGGUACCCUCAAGAAAUGCGCUGCUAAGGUGAAUAUGGAGUAUGGGCUUGAUCCAUCGAUAGGUAAAGCCAUAAUGCAGGCCGCCCAGGAGGUAGCUGAGGGAAAGCUAAAUGAUCAUUUUCCACUAGUUGUGUGGCAGACUGGCAGUGGCACUCAAAGUAACAUGAAUGCCAAUGAGGAUUUGAAGCGGCUUGGUCCAAUAAAUUUGAUACCAGAAACCAUUAGUGAAUACUUUGCCAUUCGGGUUAUUGCCAAUAGAGCAGCUGAGAUCCUUGGCCAUAAGCGUGGGGAUAAGUUUGUGCACCCAAAUGAUCAUGUCAACAGAUCACAAUCUUCUAAUGACACAUUCCCAACUGUAAUGCAUAUUGCAGCUGCAAUGGAGAUAAAUUCAAGGUUGAUCCCAAAAUUGAAAAUUUUGCACGCUACACUCCAUUCAAAGUCAGUUGAAUUCCAAGAUAUUGUUAAAAUUGGGCGCACACACACUCAAGAUGCAACACCAUUGACACUUGGACAAGAGUUUAGUGGCUACACUACACAAGUGAAGUAUGGAAUUGACCGUGUCAUGUGCACGCUACCCCGCAUGUAUCAGCUUGCACAAGGUGGAACUGCUGUGGGGACUGGAUUGAACACAAAGAAAGGGUUUGAUGUGAAGAUAGCUUCAGCAGUGGCUGAAGAAACAAACCUGCCAUUUGUCACAGCAGAAAACAAGUUUGAAGCUUUGGCUGCACAUGAUGCUUUUGUUGAAACUAGUGGAGCACUCAACACAGUUGCUGCUUCUCUGAUGAAAAUUGCAAAUGAUAUACGCCUAUUAGGAAGUGGUCCACGAUGUGGCCUUGGUGAACUCAUUCUUCCUGAAAAUGAGCCAGGAAGUAGUAUAAUGCCGGGAAAGGUUAAUCCCACCCAAUGUGAGGCUCUCACGAUGGUCUGUGCUCAGGUUAUGGGAAAUCAUGUUGCCAUUACAGUUGGUGGAUCAAAUGGUCACUUUGAACUAAACGUAUUCAAGCCAAUGAUUGCUAGUGGCCUCCUACAUUCACUAAGAUUGCUUGGGGAUGCAUCUGCUUCCUUUGAAAAGAACUGUGCGAGGGGAAUUCAAGCCAAUAGGGAAAGAAUUUCAAAAUUACUGCACGAGUCGCUGAUGCUUGUUACAUCAUUGAACCCUAAAAUUGGUUAUGACAAUGCUGCAGCAGUUGCCAAGCUAGCCCACAAGGAGGGAUGCACUUUGAAGGAUGCUGCUUUAAAACUUGGAGUGCUCACCAGUGAUGAAUUUGAGAACCUCGUGGUCCCUGAAAAAAUGAUUGGGCCAUCUAAUUGA